AUGCAAAANAAGUAUGUCCAAGGUUUAAAAGUAAAAGAAAAUAUGAAAUUUAUACCAGUGUUGGAAUCUAAACGAAAGACGGGUUUCAUUGGAUUCAUUUUAUGUUUGCAUUCUUUGCUAAAAUUGUACUCUAGGUUAGUUGAACCUGGUUAUUUAAAUCAUAUUCCCGUGUAUAGGUUGAGUCAAGACCACAUAGAACUAUUUUUUGGAAGUGUAAGAGCAAUGGGAGGGCAUAAUAAUAACCCAACUGCUAGGCAGUUUCGAUGUGAACCAUGUUUAAUAGCUUUAUGUGCUGUAAAUAAAGAAGAUUUCUUGAAUUCAUUGAUUACAUUAAAACAAAAAGGUGGUAAUAAAGGUGGAUUGAGCUACCCUAGUGCUGAUCUUCUGAUAGCCCUGAGAUAUUAUGCUACAGGUGCUUUUCAGGCAGUUUUAGGUGAUCAUAUACAUGUCCACAAAUCGACAGUUUGCCGUGUCAUUAAAAAAGUUUCUGAAGCUAUUGCAUUUCUAAAACCUAAAUAUAUACAAAUGCCAAGAUCACAAACUGAAAUCGACUUAGUUCAACAUGAUUUCUUUUUAACACGUAAUUUUCCAAAAGUUAUUGGUGCAAUUGAUUGUACCCACAUAAAAAUUCAGUCUCCCAAUAGUGACAUUGGAGAGAAAUUCCGUAAUAGAAAAGGAUUCUUUUCUAUUAAUGUACAAGCAGUGUGUAAUAGCCAUAUGCAAUUUAUAAAUAUUGUAGCUAGAAUACUCUUUGUAUCUUUUAAAUUUUUGUAUGCACAUUUUUAUAGGUGGCCUGGUUCAGUUCAUGACUCUACAAUAUUCGACAAUUCAUUAUUACGAGCACAGUUUGAAAACAAUGAGUUUGGAAAUUCGGUUCUUGUAGGUGAUGGGGGUUAUGCUUGUAGAAAUUAUAUGAUGACACCGCUUGGAAAUCCUACAAGUGAAUCAGAACUACGAUAUCAGAAAGCUCAAAUUGGUACUAGGAAUGUCAUAGAGAGAACAUUUGGUGUAUGGAAGAGGCGGUUCCCAGUUUUAUCUCUAGGAAUACGAACCCAAAUACAGACUACUCUUACCACAAUUAUUGCUACCGUAGUGUUGCACAAUAUGUUAAUUGCAGCAAAUGAACCACUGGUUAUAGACGAAACACUACUUACUGCUGAUAUGCUGGAUCAAGUUCCAGUAUUGCCUGUUCGACAAGCUGGUAAUGCAGUACAAAGACAUUUAAUUGAAACUGUGUUUAAUUGA